AUGACUGGAACUACCCUCACGUGGUUGCGCGCUGCGGCUGUCGUGCUCCUUGCUGCUCAGUAUGCGGCAGCGCAGACUUGCUGUUGGUUCAGCCUCUGGUUGACCUUUGCAGACUAUCCGAAUGGCAAGGAAGCUCCCUCGACCGAGAAGCCUUGCUCUUCAGCACAAGGCUCUGCAUGUUGUCCCGAUAACUGGGAAUGCCUCGACAACGGUCUUUGCCACUACCCUGCCAAUAACCUCUUCGGUAGGUACAGCUGUACCGACAAGGACUGGAAUUCGCCAGGAUGCGCCUCCAAUAUGUGCACAUAUGACAUGACAGCUGGUGGUGGUGAGUCAAUAACGCAGUGCUCAAGCCACAACAACGAUUGGUGCUGCAACGCGGACGCACAGCAUGUAAAUUGCUGUAAAGAGUCUCCCGCCCCUCGGCCCUUCUUCGCGCUUCAAGAUGGAAAACCAUAUGCGACGAUUGGCUCCAACCAGGCAUCUAGUGUGCCGACCGUCUCGUCCAUCACAGGUUUGGCGGCUGGCACAGGGAGUGGAAAACCAGCAUCGGGAACCUCAGCAUCGCGGACAUCUGCAUCUGCAUCGUCAAAUGCCCCCUCCUCCGCUAAUAUACAAGCGGCAAGCACAUCUACAACAUCAGCUAUGCCUUUCACCUCGAUCGGAACGAGCCUUGCCUCCGAUUCCGCAGGAGUGAAGACCGUCUACUUCACUUCAAUCGUCACCCCAACGUCAGCCCCGACCGCCGCCGCCAAUGCGAACUCCUCAAACUCAGGAGGCGGUUCGAACUCGAAAAUUGGCGUGAUCGUGGGCUGCGCAGUGGGCAUUCCUCUCGCUCUUGCCCUUGUUGGCAUUCUUAUCUGGAUGCUCCGCAAGCGCCGCCAGCAAAAAGCGAGCCCCUACAAGGAGACGUCUGAGAUGGACGCUGACAAUCCCAACUCUCCCAGCUUUGCAGGUGGCGCAGCUGCGAAACUCGGCAAGAAGGAGACAUUCCGGCAUUCACGACACGGUACUACAGAAAUAGAUGGUCAACCGGUAGGCCCUGGAAGACCCAUUUCUACUGUCAAAGGGCACGCAGAACUGCCAUCUGGAUCAGGUUUUCAACCCGGACAGGGCACGCCGUACGCACCCGACACAGUAGGCUUAGGCGGUGGACACGGCAACGAGCGCUCGACGUGGGGAAGUGUGCCGCCCCAGUACUCGCCCGCUAGCAACCAGACGGGUUUCCACCAACACGCCGAUGCUACUGAGCUGGCUGAUACGAGUAUCAUGCCUGUUAUCAACGAGAAGACAGAAGGCGAGCCGCAAUACAUUGCGUACCGACCACCGCAAAGUCAGCAACCGAUGGCGGAGUUGCCUACUGUAAAGACGCCGCCAGAGGACUUGGAGAAGCAGAUUCACAGGUAG